AUGGCCGUGGCCCGGUGCAGGCUGUCCGUGGGGUUGGGGGUGGCCGGGGUGGCCUGCGCGGUCCUGGGGGGCUGCCUGCUGCUGCUGGGGCCCGUCAUCAUCAGGCAGCAGGUCAUCAAGAAUGUCAGGAUCGACCCCAGCAGCAUCUCCUUCCGAAUGUGGAAAGACAUCCCUGUUCCUUUCUACUUGACAGUGCAUUUCUUCGAAGUGCUGAACCCCAAGCAGGUCCUGCAGGGAGCCAAGCCAGUGCUGAGCCAGCGUGGGCCCUACGUGUACAGGGAGUAUAGGUAUAAAACAAAUAUCACAUUCCAUGACAAUGAUACCGUUUCUUACCUGGAGUACCGGAACCUUUUCUUCCAGCCACACUUGUCCAAUGGCACGGAAGAUGAGUACAUUGUUGUGCCAAAUAUUAUGAUGAUGGGAGCAGCUGUGAUGAUGGAAAAACUGCCAAAUUUUUUGAAGAUUUUGCUGAGUGGAGCCCUGGCUAGCCUGAAGCAGGAGGCUUUCAUGAACCGGACAGUGGGAGAGAUCAUGUGGGGGUACGAGGACCCCCUUAUAGAUGCCAUAAAUAUGAUUGUUCCUGGCCUGAUCCCUUUCAAGGGCAAGUUUGGAUUAUUCAUCGAUUUUAACAACUCAGAUUCAGGACUGUUCACAGUAAACACAGGCAUGAAGAACAUCAGUCAAGUUCACAUGGUGGAUUCGUGGAAUGGGCUGAAGAAGGUGAACUACUGGCGGAGCAGCCAGUGCAACAUGAUCAAUGGGACAGCAGGGGAGAUGUGGCCACCCUUCAUGUCCCCAACCUCGCUGGAGUUCUACAGCCCUGAUGCCUGCAGAUCCAUGACACUGGUGUACGAGCAGUCUGGGAAGUUCAAGGGUGUGCCCACCUAUCGCUUUGUGGCACCGAAAACCCUCUUUGCCAACGGCACAGACUAUCCACCCAACGAGGGCUUCUGCCCCUGCCUGCAGUCUGGCAUCCAGAACGUCAGCAGCUGUAGGCUCAAUGCACCGAUGUUCAUUUCCCACCCUCACUUCUACAACGCUGACCCAUCCCUGGUGGAUGCAGUCGAGGGCCUGCACCCCAGCAAGGACCAGCACGGGCUUUUCCUCGAUGUGCACCCUAUGACAGGCAUCCCCAUGAAUUGCUCCAUCAAGCUCCAGCUGAACCUGUACAUAAAGCAGGUGUCUGGUAUAAUUCAAACAGGGAAGAUUAAGCCAGUGGUCCUGCCGCUGCUGUGGUUUGCAGAGAGUGGAUCCAUCGAAGGCUCAGUCCUAAACCAGUUUUACACCAACCUGGUGCUGCUGCCGUCGGUGCUGGAAUACCUGCAGUACAUCUUCCUUGGGCUGAGUGUCCCACUCAUUAUCUCUGCAGCUGUGCUCAUGGCAAUGAGUAAGAGAAGUGACGCCGAGAAGAGCCCCAGUGCCCCUGCCAGGCAGAGCAAAGCUCCCUCCUCCUCCUCCGAGACCACACCACUGCUGCACGACACCGACACCCCGAGCCAGGACGAUGCUGAAGCCUGAGCUGCCUGCCCUGACACGCCUCCUUCCCCGGGGACACAGUUCCCACUGGGACAAACUUCCCUCUGGGACACAGCCACGCUGCAGGUGACACCUGCCUCACAUCCCCAGAGCUCUCUGGAAGGUGAAGCCCUCUGGACAGCUCAGUGGAGACCCUGCACAGCUGUGGGAUUGUCCUGCUGCUCAGCAUUCCUGCUCAUCCAGAGACCUCAGCACAAAGUUCCCUUGUCCCCAAGGGCCAGCCUGAGCCACGGCCCUUCUCUCCGGUGGAAUGAAGAUGGUUGCUGACUGAUCUGAGAAGUUAUUUGCAAUUUAAAACUGCCUAUUGCUAGGGAUAAAAGGCACUUUAAUGGGAGCCUUUAAAAUAAAUGAGGUUUGUAUAGGUAGCAGUGAUGGGAUUUAGUGAUCUUUUUAAAAGCCACUGUUCAUCUCACCGAAUGGGGCACGCUGUCCUGGAGCCACUCACAGUUUUAUUGCCACUUGAUGUAACUGGACUGCACUGCAAAUCAUUUCUGGGUGCUGUCACUUCAGUGAUGUCUCUUCCCACAGUACCUGGAGCCUGCCUGGGGUUGCUCCAGCCUUUGCAUGUGUUGGAGAGUAGUGGUGACUUUUAAAGCCCCAUUUCUGUGCCAUGACCUUGUGCUCCACAGCGAUUCCAACUCACAGCCCUGUUAUUUAAUCUCUGCUGGCUGUAGGUGACUGUGUGAGAUGAGCCUUGGCAAAAGCUUGGUGGUACAUCUGAGCUGUCACUCAGCUCCUGGCAGUUGUCCCUGCUGCCUGCUCAGCCAUCCAGGAUCAGCUCUUCUGGCCAUGGCCAUGGGCACUGGGAGGCUGUCAGGGCUCUGGUCACACUGCCUGACCACGGCAAGGGAGAAGCUUGACCCUGUCCUUGUGUGCUAAUGAAGAUAUUUGUGCUUUUCAGGAGGAAUAUGUGCAAUCAUGAAAUGGCCUUAAGUAGGGUUUGAUUAAAGUGUUGCAGAUUUCUGAAA